AUGGCUUUUGCUUAUAAUGCACAAGCAUUUCCCUUACUUGCAUUAUUGUUCUCAUCCAUGUUUGCGAUUGGUCUAGCCAAUUAUGACUUCAAUUGGGGUUCUAGAACAUGGAACAAAACCAAUUUCACUCAUCCACCAAAUGCUACUCAGACCUCCAAUAGAUUCAUCGUUGGAGGUUCGGAAAAUUGGCAUUAUGGCUUCAACUACAUGGAUUGGGCUCGAAACAAUACUCCUUUCUUUGUUAACGACACCUUAGUGUUCAAGUAUGAUCCACCAAAUGUAAAUGCUACUGGAUUUCCACAUAGUGUUUACUUAUUCCCAAACUAUUGGAGCUUUAUUAAAUGUGACUUCAAAAAGGCUAAAAGAAUAGCGGAUCCAAGUGAGGGUGCAGGGGAAGGAUUUGAAUUUGUGUUGAAGAAAAUGCAGACUUACUAUUUUGCUUGUGGAGAACAUAAAGGAAUCCAUUGCAAGACUGGAAACAUGAAGUUUGCUGUGAUGCCUCUCAAACAUUGGCGUUUCUAAAUUAUAAGAGAGCAGCAUGUAGGAAGAUGCAUACUGAUUCAUUAUACUGAUUAUAUUUUUUUUAUAUACUUUUUGUGUUUUAAUUUGCUUGAAUAAAUUUAAGUUGACUUUAGUAAGUAUAUUUUUUAUUCAAUUAAAAUGUAGUACUCAGUUAUUCUAAAUCAAAUUUGAGAUAGA